GUUUAAAGAGAUUUCUAACCUUUAUAAUCUGUGAUUUCUAACCCUACUUAAACAAAAACACGGUGUUGUUUAACGAAGAAUGGUAAAAAUUCAUUAUGGACAUAUCUACAGAAUUUUCCGAUUCUUGUUCGGAUGCAACAGACAGCAAAAAAUCAUUUAAAUGCAGUUUAAGUUGGUGUAAAGCGGCAUUUUCGAAGCAAUGGAAGUUGGUUGUCCAUACCAGAAAACACACUGGAGAGAGGCCAUUUGUAUGUGACCUAGAUGGUUGUAAGAAAACAUACACAAAUUCAGCUCAUUUACGAAGACAUAAAUGUUUGGUUCACGAAAAGUCUGAACAAGUGAAAUGCGAGGAAGAAAACUGCGGGAAAGUUUUAAAUAAUAAGUAUGCUUUGAAAAAGCAUAUAAAUCAUGUACACAAAACAUCUAAAAGUUAUAGCUGUAAGGAAUGUGGUGAAACAUUUGAGAGAAAAAAGUUGCUCAAUCAACACAAUUUGAAGCAUACAAAAGCCUUCUUGUGUAAAGAAUGUAAUAAGGAGUUUUCAUGUAGUAGAGAAUUUACGAAUCACAAAAGAGUCCAUAAAAUUUAUACAUGUGACUGUGGACAAACUUUUAAUAAAUGGACAUUAAUAUGUGCCCAUAGAAGAGAAGUUUGCAUACCUGUUAAUAAAUGUAUAAUUUGUGAUCAAACUUUUAAACAACCAUCUAACUUAAAAACUCACUACAAAUCUCAUUUGGAAGAAAGUAAUAAGGAAAAAUUUGUUUGUGAAUAUGAAAAUUGUAACAGAAGUUAUGAUUACAAGAAGAACUUAUUGUACCAUAUAAGAAGAUAUCAUUUAAAAGAAAAGGAAGAACUUCCCUGCACAUACCCUGAUUGCAGAAUGGUGCUUUGUAGCAAGAGAAACUUGAAACUGCACAUUGAAAAAGUACAUCACAAAAAAAUUAAGGCAAAUUUACCAAGAAAACCAAGAUUUGAUAAAGGCACUAAAAGAAAAGCUAUGGCUUCAAAAUUAUCUGGUUUGGAAAUAUCCAAUAAGGAACAUUUUACAAUCAUUAAUUCAGAAAAAAAUAAAGCUGCACCCAAACUAAAUUUAAUUAAAACAGAUAGAAGGAAGCGAAAAAAAAUUGAAACAAUAACUUCAGAAAAAAACAAUAAAGAUAAUGAUGUGAAUAUUGAAAGUUGCAACUAUGGUGAAAAAAAUCAUGAGGAUUUUUUGCUUGAAGAAUGUGAUAAUGUAUUAAAAAAAAUAAAAAGUAAAAUAAAUGAAAUAAACUAA